AUGUCCAUCCCACCGAAUGCGAAGCUAGAUACACUAGAAAUGGAGAGAAAGCUCCUUCGUCAACACCUUGGCCUGGGACCAAACCCCGGUGAUCCUCCGGCCAAUUCUCCUCCCCAGAGGCAGCCGUUAUUCUUCAUCGAAAUGGCACCGGACUCUAGAGGGGGAGCGAAGUGUAAACUUCCCACUUGCGACGAGAUUAUCAUGCCUGGAGAACUACGUCUCGCUAUGAGCCCGGCAAUGAGUUACGGUGGUUGGUCCAGGUUAUCAGCCAAUCGAAUCCAACCCUUGACCCGACAAACGUGGAAACUGCGAGGGCUAAACGCGGGUAGUGUGCUAGAUGGAAACUAUCUGGUACCGGGCGGGGUUGAACGGUUGGUCCUCGAAUGGAAAGUGACCCAUGGGAGAUGGAUUGAUAAACGAGAUGGGGUCUGUGAUGAAUCCGAAGAAGAGAAACGUGUUCACGCAGACUUCCUAGCUCUGCUUCGCAAUGCGGGCUCCUCGAAGUAUAUGCAGCUGAUGAAGCCAGCCGGAUUGCCUCUCGAUGAGUACAACAACCUUCUUGUUACUCUUGCCCCAUAUGAGAGUGAUGGACCUGAUGACACGGAAGAGUGGAAUCUAUUUGACACGUACCUGGAUUCGACUGUAAAAGCCUUCAAUAAUCCUCAUGCUCUGAGCACAAUGUUGCAGCGCUGGCAUGAUGAUGUGACACUAAUUAGCAAAGAAGCGGAUGAACUAGAUGAGCAAAGCAGAGCAGCAAAGGCGGGACUCGGUGCAAAGGCCAUUAGAGCGCUCAAACAGUGUAGAUAG